AUUUAAAAAAAACUAUAACUUUAGAAGAUCAAGUUUUACAAUUAUUAUUAAUUACUAAAGAAAUUAAACAACAAAUACAUUCAUUUGAUGAAUCAUUGUACUCAAUAAUUGAAGAGGAAGAAGAAAUCUAA